AGUCGAGCACGCCGACUGCAAGGAAAGUGCAUUUGCCGUGACUGGAGAUGUGGAUCGUUAUGAUUCGGGAGACGAGGAUAAUUUCACCCAGCCGAGAGAACUGUGGCUUAAGGUACUUGGUGAUAGCGGGCGUGCUGAACUGGUUGAAAAUCUGGCGACUGAGUUGCAUCACUGCAAACCGAUUAUCCAAGAACGUGCUAUCAGCCUCUUCAGCAACGUUCACAGUGAUUUUGGCAAAGCGCUACGCAAAGAACUCGACGUAAUCAGGCAGAAGACGGGUCAUGCUUUUAAAUCGGAGGGGCCCGGCUUGCUGAGUUGUCGAAGCACAGAAAGCAGUGGCAUGCCGCAUUUGGAAACCGAAGAGAAAAUCCAGGUACUUGGUGAUAGCGGGCGUGCUGAACUGGUUGAAAAUCUGGCGACUGAGUUGCAUCACUGCAAACCGAUUAUCCAAGAACGUGCUAUCAGCCUCUUCAGCAACGUUCACAGUGAUUUUGGCAAAGCGCUACGCAAAGAACUCGACGUAAUCAGGCAGAAGACGGGUCAUGCUUUUAAGUCGGAGGGGCCCGGCUUGCUGAGUUGUCGAAGCACGGAAAGCAGUGGCAUGCCGCAUUUGGAAACCGGUUCUCCUGGGAAGUGCAUGUAA